AUGGACCAGGAGGCUUACUUGGAAAGUAUGGUAAAACCACAUGGAAUCAUAAGGCGACCAGAGCCCAUUGCACCGUUCAUGCCCUUCCCAAAAGCAAGUAUAGUGUUCCAGUUUAACCAUUUUGAUGAAUGUCGGAAGUUGAGAAACGCGUUGAAGACAAAAAGGAAAAAAAACAAGAAAGAAAGGACCCAAUUAUCAACAUUAAAUUGGAUACUGACCAAGAAGGAGUACCUCUGGCUACAUGCCCACGGUUUUAUCAACGCAUUAGGAUUCCUUGUGUAUGGCUCAUCGUUUGAACCUAUUAGUGCUCGUUACUUCCAUAGUAAUAAUAUAGUGUUUCCCAUAGAGUAAGUUAAUAUAUUACAAAAAGUUGAAAGAUAUUGUCGAAUAUUCCUAUUAAAUAUACAAAACUUUAUUUUCAGCUCGCCCAAGGCAGAAACUGAAUCUCCAGCAGCCAAUACCGAACAUCCAGACGACCGCCAUUAA